AUCUACAAGAUGCGGAGAAUCGAACGCGGUGCCCACAGACUCCAAAAGCAGCCACUGGCUCGCGAAAUAAAUUCCAUUGAUGAUUUCCAUCACUCCUUUAUCUCUACAGGUCUUAUCCCAUCUCAAGUGCUCCCGAUCGGCAGACAAUUUCCCCGAGAACUGAAGGAAGAUUUAGGGCAAAUAAAGCCUGGAGCUGCACAAGGUUUGACCCCGCACGACCCGCGCCCCAUAAAUGUCGGCGUUGCUGAUACCAAGAUGAAUAAAGGUCCCAUGAGCACAACACCAGGAGAUCAUCCACAGGCGACGGAAGCAUCCUCCCCCCCUGAUCCCGCUAUACACACUCCCAUGAGAAAGCCUAGAUCUCCAAAAAUGCCUAGCAAAGUGCGUCGUCUUGACUUGCGGGGAAGAUUUCGUCGUUCAAAUUCCCAAAGGGGAUCACUCGAUUCCUUCCCUUACGCAAACGGCGAUUGCGAGAUUCCCUCACCUGUUCGUAUCUCUCCAAACCUUACACCCCCUUUACGUUCAUACUUGAGGGAACCUGCAAUCCGUUUUGUCAAAGGCAAGGCCCUGGAAGCGAAAAGGGAGGCCAAAGCACCGGAUGAGAAGAAGCGGAAGAGUACCAGCCCUGACGGCGAAUGCUUUGUGAGCUCCGAUGAAGAUGAGAGCGGAGGGGUUCUGCUCAAAUUUUACUCCCCCAUUAGGGCAUCCAUAAAUAGCCUAGCCCCAGACUCGGAAUCUGAAUUUGAGCAUAGCUUGGUUCCGGGGCUUGCUUCCGUGAAGCUUGGGUCAAACAAGAGCGACACAGCCAGUGGGGUUGGAACCCCCGGAAAAGAUACGGGGAAUAGUGACCCUAAUGGGAAUCUUACAAAUGAUUUUGGGUCCCAUCAGCACCUGCCCACCCCCGCAACAUUCGGGGGUCUCGGUUUUUACCCUGACGAUGCGGGUGACCACGUCAGUGGUAACUCCACUCAAAUAACCCAUGCUAGAGCAGCUAAGCCUACCAAUCGCACCGAACUUUUCCAAGGGAUGGAUAACUUGAAAGUUUCGAAGGAGUUUUCUUCAACUGUAAGGGAAAAAUAUGCCCCACGUUCGGCCUUCGGAGCCGACGACGCGGAAAGAGGAUAUGCUGAAUUCAAUGGGCUUCCUGAAGACUUUUCCUUAUCGGUCGAUAGUCCUUCGAAUGUGAGACCGCCGCGGAAUCAAAAGAUACGGUACCGAAGGGCGCGUACUUACAGGGAAGGAGAUAUAAUUGCCGGUACGGAUACAUCCAUAUUGUCUGAAACUAGCAUGGGGUUUAGAGCCAUGGAGAGACUGGGUUUUGAGAAGGGAAAGGGGCUCGGGCGUAAUAGUGAUGGCAUAGCAGAGCCGAUACCAAUAACUGUCAAAGUAGGCAGGCGCGGUCUAGGAUACUCUCCAGGCUCUCCUAUCCACCCUGAUCCCACGGGGAAUGACAGUGCUGGAACCAGGAUGGCUGAUGAACCAGCUUUCCUCCAAUCCGGCACAAAUAUCCCAUUGAUGCCUUACAACCAUGAGGAGGACCUUUUGAUAAAUCCGGAAACUCUAUACUCGGUCGAUAGCUACCUAGCACGCAAUCGCACAAGGGGUAAACUCACACUUCUGCUGCGAAAUUACUGCAACCGUGGUGAAUUGCUCGACGAACACCAUGCCCGCGAGGUGUUCAGGGCUUGUAUGCAACACAUGGACAAAGUUCCUGGCGGAAAAUUCUCAGCUACGCAAGUGGAGGCGAUCUUUAGGCGAAAACUGCACCAGUUUAUUAAUACUUUGGACAGAGCCAAUACUCGUAGUGACAUUUGGGGCCUUGGUGGGUGCAGUGGCUUGGCAAGGGACUAGGAUCUAGAACUUGUGUGAGGAAGCUAUUCCGUUUUGAUGGGACACGCGACCCAAGAAAAAAAAUUCUUCUGCACUGGUGGAAAAGGACUCUCGGAAUGAUAAUUAACUGGCUUUAAUUUCCUUUUAUUUUUCUUUCUUUUUCUCAUUUGUUUCUGCCCUUGGGUGAUUGAAGGUGUCAUAUUUCAUUUGCUGGUCCGAUAAGGUACUGUAGCUUAGCCAGUGUAAUACGACAGGGCCAAUACGUGCCUCCACGAG